AUGGCGCAACGAAGUGGCCUUGAAGCGACGCCGUCGAACGACGGUAGGGGGGCAGCGCUCUGGGCAGCCGCUGUGCAAGCGCUUCAGACCUUCCGUGGGCUGCAUGGGCAUCUUGAUGUGCCGGUCGACUUUGACGUUCCGACGACGGCAGCAUGGCCAGCCGCCGUCCAUGGCCUCCAGCUCGGGCGGCUUGUGGCCUUUCUGCGCACACAGACCACGGUCGAUGCGGCGCACAAGGCGACACUGGACGCGCUGGGUUUUGACUGGAAGCCUGUGGUCCAUUACCGCCGGUGGAGCUGGGACCAUCGGUUCGAGGCGCUCUGCUUGUACCGGGAAAAGCACGGCGACCUCGCGGUGCCCGCAAAGUACGUCGUGCCGGCGUCGUACCCACGUCACCUGCAACGCUUCCCGCUUGGCCACAUCGUCAACCAUCUGCGCUCUGUAAGCUGCGUCCACACGCCCGAGCGAGUGCAACGAACGAGCGACCUCGACGCGCUUGGCGCUUCUUCUUUUCGGCGUCUGCACGGCCAUACCAAUGUGCCUGACGGGUUUGUCGUACCGCCCGACGCGGACGUGUGGCCUCUUCCGAUGCACCGUGUCGCCCUCGAUCUCGCGCUCGCGUCGCUGCGCGCGCAUGUCUACGAACUGCCGAGCACUGAUGCCAAGCAGCUCCGCGACGCCGGUUUCUUUGACGAUCUGCCCGACUUUGGCACAUUUGUCAAGCUGCUGGACAUGUACCGCACCGAGUUUGGCACUUGCGCCGUGCACAUCGACUUUGUCGUGCCUCGGAUGGGCGGUCUCUGGAUGAACGCCUGGCGCGGCUUGGCCCUCGGCGACCUCGCGUGGUCGGUCGGCUUGAAGAUUCGGGCGCUCACGGCUGUGCAGCGCUGCGACCUCGAAGGCGCUGGCUUUGUCUUCAACGUCGACGCGACGUGGGCGACUGUCUUGCGUGGGCUUGAGCACUUUGCAAGCCUCUAUGGUGCAAUGCGGGCGGUGCCUACGACGUUUGUGGCGCCAUCUACUUGGCCAGACGACCUUGUCGGCCUGCAGCUCGGACGCUAUGUCGAGCGCAUGCACACGGCAAAGCGACUGCGUCUGCUGCCACCGGCCACGGCAGCAACCUUCGCAGCGCUCACGAUGAUCCCUCCCGCCCACCAGCUGGCAUGGGAGCCUCCAGACGCUGCAAACACACCAUCAGUGGUUCGGCCACCGUCGCCAGUCGCUGUACCUCUGCCAAGCGUCGCUCACGAACAACCGGUGGUACAGGCGGCUCCCGCGCCCGAGGUUGACAGCGACGCGGACCAACGCUGCGACCACCUCGUUGCGCUGGAUCUGUGGCUCCACGCGACGCCACGCCCGAGCGAAUCGACUCUCCUCGGCGCCAUAUCGCCGGCGUGUCCGGUCGCACUACGAUCGAUGUCGGUGGCCGCACUUUUGCUCGAGCUCGAGGUCGGACAAGCGUUUGAGCAUCUGCAGCCGGCCCUCGACGCCCGGCAAUUCGACCGCCAAGCUCGGUGGGCGAUCACGUUCCAGGCGCUCGCAAUGUUCAAGGCGUUCCACGGUCAUUUGGACGUGCCUCAAACGUUCUCUGUCGAUGUCAGCGUGGCCUGGCCAGCGUCAACCCAUUGCCUACGACUCGGUGACGUUGUGUUUGGGCUGCGGCGCCUCACAGCAGCCAAAAUGACGACGACGAUCGUGGCGCAGCUCAAUGCCAUUGACUUUGGGUGGGCUGCUUUGGCCGUGGCCGUCGCUGCCGACAAUGCACUCUUGCUCGCCCCAGCGCCACCGGCGUCCAUUGCCGACGCAGCGCCAGUGGCGUCCGUUCAAGACGUCCACGCGACUGCAUCGGCUCGGGGUGCCUUGCCUAGCAUUUCCGACGAUGUGGAAGGCGGCUCCGAUCGUGACGACGACGACCGCAGCACCAAGACGGCCAUCAAACGCAACAAACCGAUCGAAAACAAGAGCCACGACAUCAUCGAUGUCUGUAGCACCGAUGACGACGACGACAACCACGGAGACGACGACAACCACGGAGACGACGACACGCGUAUCAACGACGUCGUCAAAGCCGAAGACGCGCCGGCGCAGGCGAUCCGCACCGGCGUCUGCCGCCGCCCAAACAACGCGGAGACGACGGCGCCCGUUCGACACCAACUUGCGGAUGGGUGGGCGGUCUCGCCUCGUGGCUACCCCGUCGUCAUGCAACACCUCGACGAAGGGUUUCCGUGGCGCGUCUGUCUUGACGAACUCCGGCGGUACUUUAUCAAGCACAAGCACUCGAACGUCCCGUCCAAGUACGUAUCGGAAACGAACGAAGUGCCGCUGGGAUGGCUCGUGCACCAGUUGCGGCUACGUCGACAUGUCUUGACAGAGUCCCAACAGCUCGAACUCGAGGUACUGCAGUUCAAGUGGUAG